AUGCCGAACCUAGAUGACCUGCUCGUCCACAUCGGAGAUUUCGGACCAUACCAAAUGAGAAUCACUGUCCUCGGAUCUCUGCCGGUGCUGACCUUCGCGUUCGUCCUCGUAGGAGUCGUGUUCUUGGGGAACACCCCAGUGCACUGGUGCCGGACCUCCGGGACAGAGCGCAUCCAGGAUGAAUGUGAAUGGACGGACAAGGAGCUGCGUGAACUCACCGUCCCGCUGUUGGAUGAGUCAGGGCAGGGCGCGUCGGGCGCCUACAGCCGCUGCCAGAGGUUCGAUGUGGACUGGAAGUUCUGGAACGGCAGCCAGAGCAACUGCAGUGACCUCAACGACUGGCCCUUGAUUUCUAAUCUCACCAAGUUACCGGUAGUCGCGUGCGACAGCGGCUGGGUGUUUGAUCCGUCUCGCACUACUAUCGUUUCAGAGGUAAAUUUGGGCUGCAAAAAAACCCCGCAGUGUCUUGAAGUUCAGGAGUUCAUGUUCUACUAAGAAAUAAAUGAAUGAAUUAAUACAUUAAUUGUAUUUAACCUUACAUGUAUCAGGGAGCCAUACUGAGACCAAGGUCUAUUUUACAGAUGAACCUUGCAUUACACAAAUUACAGAAAAUACACACAUCAAAAUAAAAAUACAAAAUGCAAGUAGAAAAAAACACAUGUUCAUAAAAAACAAAGACAUCCAUCAGUAAAAAGGUCCUCAAUCAGCAUUCUGAAUUGUCCUAGAGGCAUCAAAACAUCACAUUUCAGAACAUUUUGAAGAAGAAAACUAAAAGCUGAUUUAUCUAACUCAGUAGACCAAAGGAAUUUCCAGAGUUAGCCAUCCCUGAGACCGGGUGUGGUAACGCCUAUGUCUAAAGUUUAGUAAUGAUGUUAGGUACAGUGGGACUUUUUGUAAAAGGGCUUUAUAAAUGAAAACUUUCUGGUAGAGAAUGCAGUGAGUGCUAAAACUGUCACCCAUAAUAAAGUGCAGUGCGCUAUGAUAAACUGCAUCUAAAAGCUUUAAUGAAGUAGCAGCUGUGUUCAUAUAUGAUGUCGCCAUAAUUUAGGACCGAUAGGACCUUCAACUGCAUAAUCUGCUUUCUACUAUUUAGCGAGAGGCAGGACCUAUUUCAAUAGAAUAAGUCCAUUUAUAUUCUCAGCUUCUUAACUAACUCCUCAAUAUGCUUUUUAAAAGACAGCUUUUCAUCUAUCCAGAUGCCCAUAUACUUGUAAGCAGGGACACGAUCAAAAUGGACACCAUCCAAAGUACAUAUGCUUAAAUCAUCAGAGUUGUUUUUAUGCGCUCUAGAGAACAACAUAUACUUAGUUUUACUUGCACUCAAUACUAAUUUCAGGUCAAUAAGGGUUUUCUUUAAUACAAUGAAGGCAGACUAUAGUUCAGAUAGAGCACGAUCAACCGUUGGGGCAAUAGCAUACACAGCAGUAUCAUCAGCAUACCAGCAAUGUUCCCUCUAAACUGCAUGUGUACGCGGGCGUGCAGUGGCCCCAAGACUGCCGCGCAGUGGCCCCAAGACUGCUGUGCAGAGCACAGAAUAAAUAUAAGCCCACAGGGAGAAGCACGAGAUUGAACUUCACUCAACUUUCUAGAGUUUUCCGUGUUGGUUAACACUAUCAACGUUUCCCUUUACUGUGGCAAUUGUUUUCCCUUUACUGUGGCAAUUGUGAUCGAAUCAACGCAAUAUUAGCCACUUUCAAUGCAACAUACCGAAACAUAACGAACUACGCAAGAGAUUUUGUAGUAGGCAGAACGCAUUGAAGUAGUAUUCUUUUGCACAUGACUCAGCUGUACUCUACACAGACCGUGCGGCAUAACCAAUCCGAGCUGCAGUAGGCCUGUAUGCAAAUAGACCAUUGCCAUAUAUGGAUCUGUGCCAUUUACUUUGAACUGGACAUGUUUACAGCUGUGGUCAUGAGUAGAUGCGCUUGUUUUGAGAUCAAAGCAAGAGCUGCAUGUAGCCACGUGUGCACAUUUUGUUCAUAUCCUUUGCUAGUUGGUGAGUUAUUAGCCCAGUUUAUAGAUAAUUUGUAGUCAGCAAUAGGGAAGUGAUUGCUUCCUACAAGAGCACAAAACAUGUGCAUUUCUAGACAUCUUUGAAAAAUUUUGUCUUAAAGGGGCAGUGUUGUAUUUUGAGACAGGCUUGAAUAAGCUAAGUAGCCAAUAGGCAAAGGGUAGCAUAAUUUGUCUGAUUCUCUGUAAUAAUCAUAUGGAAAUAAUAAUGCAUUUUAUUUUGUAAAGUGGUUUCUUCCAUCAAACAUCACAACAACAUGUUCAACCUCCUUGUCUGAAAGACAAGUGGAUAAACAGGUUAAUAUCAAGCCCUGCAUGUUUUUUUUCAAAAGUCUCAUGGAAUCUAGGCCUACAUUGAACACCACACAUUGGCUGCUACUGUAGGCUGAAUGAUAUAACAGCUAUUUCCAUGUUAAAAUGUUAUGGGGUGCAUUUUCUCCAUUGUUUUUGAUGGUAGGCCACUCUGGUAGGCCUACAUUAUAAUAAUAAUAUGCCAUUUAGCAGACGCUUUUAUCCAAAGCGACUUACAGUCAUGUGUGCAUACAUUUUUACGUAUGGGUGGUCCCGGGGAUCGAACCCACUACCCUGGCGUUACAAGCGCCAUGCUCUACCAAUUGAGCUACAGAGGACCACAUUAUGAUCAAAUAGCCACAGUAGCCUACUUGGCAACUGUUGAAACUGUAACUUAAAGCGGGUACAGCCUCAGUGUUCACAGUAAAUGUGCACUGGAAGUUGCACAGAAUUUUCACAAUGUUCAAGUUUGCGCUCAUCAGACCUGAAAUUUGCUCAGUGCCUACAUUUUUUGAGGGAACAUUGCAUACAAGUGCAGGUUACAUUUUUUUUUUUACAGACAAGUCAAUAUUGUUAAUCUAAAAAGUAAAGGACCCAAAAUUGACCCCUGCGGGACACCAUUCAUAAUAUCCAGGAAACCUGAUUUAACACCAUCAGUAGAUACACAUUGAGUUCUAUCUGCCAAGUAAUUUUUAAACCAGUUAUAUGCAGCCUGGUCUAGGCCAAUUGAGGAAAGCCUCUGAAUUAGCAGUGAGUGAUCAACAGUAUCGAAAGCCUUUGACAGGUCAAUGAAGAGGGCAGCACAUUAUUGCCUUUUAUCCAUAUUGUACAAUUAACCACAUCCUUUGUAACUAGGGAUGCAGCAGAGAUAGUGCUAUGGCCUGGUCUAAAACUUGACUGAUGUACAUUUAGAAUACAUUUUAAAGAUAAGAAACAUAGGCACAGACAUAUGCAUACACACACAUGAUAACAUACGCACUAUACACACACGUGCACAUGGAUUUUGUGUUGUAGAUAUGUGGUAAUAGAGUAAGGGCCUGAGGGCACACAAUGUGUUGUGAAAUCUGUUGUGAAUGUAUUGUAAUGUUUUUAAAAUUGUAUAACUGCCUUAAUUUUGCUGGACCCCAGGGGAUCCAUAAUUGUAAAAAAAAAUACUAAAAUACUAAAAGAUCUUAGCUGAGAAUUAAUAAAGGAUUCUAAUAUUUUAGCUAGGCAAAAAAGUUUAGAAAUAGGGUGAUAAUUAUUUAAGUCACAAGGGCCAUCACUUUUUUGACGGGAAGUACAUUGGCCAUUUUCCAAACCUUGGGGAUAGUAUCAGAUAUAAUCGUCAGGUUAAAAAUAUGGGUUAAAGAUUCCGCAAUCGGGGGGCAGAGAGCUGCAGCAAAAAUGGAUCAAACAUAUCAGCCCCAGUGGAUUUUUUUACAUCAAUCUUAAGCAAGGCAUCUAGCACAUCACAGAUAGUAAAUUGUUGAAAUGAAAACAAAGAUUCAUUAGAAGUUGAUGGGUUAACUGUCGAGUCAGCUAGAGGCUGGCAGAGGGGAAAGCAGUCGAUUGACUGACCAGGGUCAAUUAGACCACAGUUUCUCUCUAAUAAAAAGCCUGCUGAGAUAAAUUGAUGAUUAAAAGCAUCACUUAUCCCAUUCCUCCCAGUUAUGAUACCAGAGUCAGACAGAACUUGCUUAGGCAGGGAAGAAGGGGAAUUUGUACGCUUUAGUGCAUUUACUGUUUUCCAACAUUUAGAAGGAUCACCAGCAGAGUCAGAGAUAGAGCUUGAAAAGUAGCUUGAUUUAGCUUUCUUAAUCGAGAUAGUACAUCUGUUUCUCAAUUGUCUGAAAGAUUGCCAGUCCACUACUGAGUCAGUUUUCCUUGCUUUGGCCCAGGCCUGAUUUCUCAUCUGAAUGAGCUCAGAUAACUCAGAACAAAACCAAGGGUUAGAUCUAUCUUUCACUCUGAAUUGUUUAAAGGGGGCAGGUUUAUCUGCCAGAGAAAUAAGGAUACAUUUUCUAGAGCCAAUUCAGGGUCAGGAAUGAAUGAAUUACAAUCUGUUUCAAGUGCAUGGUCGGUACAUUUACUGAAUAGCCUAUUAUCCAGGAUAAUUUCAUAAUGCCAACAAAAGUUAAAGUGCUGUGCAACAUUUAUCAUCGGUAAUUUGACAGCAUGUUAGCAUCUCUGAGUAGCCACCCUAAGGGUCACUCCUUCAUCUUAAACUAAGCAUGACAUCAUCCCUUGAGCAAGGAUCUGUUUUCUCAGCAAUAUAAAAGGUGCAUUUGUCACAAACACACGUAAUGUUAUCUAUGUAUUUACGUGUUUAUGUAUUUAUCUAUCCCAGUUUUCCUUAGUGUGUGAGGAUUCAUGGCUAGCAGAUUUCAGUCAGGUGUCCCUGGCUGGAGGGUUCUUCAUCGGUGCUUUUGUCAUUGGAUACUUGGCAGACAGGUACAUCAGCAUUUUGUUUAAACACUGUGAUAAUAACAACAAAUAGCAUCAGUCAAUGUAAAUGCAACCAAAGCAGCAGUGAUAUACUGUAAAUAAAUAUUGUCAAUAUAACCUGUAUGGGUAUUAUGAGAGCAUUCCCCCUUAUGCAGCAGAAUAGAAACGCUACUCCCUUACUGCUCCAUUUAUGACAUUAACUUUGUAUAGCCUAAAACAGUUCUUCUGACGUGACGCUUUUUUAUCGUUUUAAUGAUGUCAAUUGCAUUCUUAAAACAUUUUCAUUAUUCCUCCUCCAACAGGUUUGGCAGGAAGCCCUGUUUCAUCCUGUCUAUGUUUGGCCUGGGGGUGUCAGGGAUAGCUGUGAUGCUGUCACCCUUUUACCCCCUGCUGCUGCUCUUCAGAGUUCUGCAGGGCUUCUGUUGCAAGGGAGCAUGGACAGUCAGCUAUGUAUUUAGUAUGUUGUUUUCUCAACUCACGGUGACUGGUAUGGAAGUACCAGAAUCAAGCCUUAAAUGUGAAAUACUGUUUUGUAAGGGAGGUGUUCUCUGCUCUUUGCUGACUAGAAAUGCAGUCACAUGGCAGUCACACAUAACAUCACUGAAACACAUGGGUAUUGUUUUUACAAAGUUACAAUUUAUUAAUAAAAUAUGCAAAAUGUUAAAUCACAGAACACCGAAACAGAACACAGAAACGCAGUCCAUACAAGGUUUUUAGGUAGAAAGUCAGUGUCCAUUUACUAGUGAUCAGAGGAAUGAUAUGGGAGGUUUUCUGCUUCGUUCUGUACCUGCUCCUGCUCCGACGUUUCUGUUAUUGUAGUCUUUCUUGUUUUUGUCUUUGAUAGUCAUUGAGUUCUUUGGAUCAAACAACCGGAAGUUUGUCUCAUUGGUGUCCCGUAGCUUUUAUUCUACUGGGAUGACCAUCCUACCUCUCUUGGCAUACUUCCUGCCCUCCUGGAAAACCCUGCAGCUGGCCAUGAGUCUCCCCUGCUUCAUCUUCAUCACUUACUUUUGGUAAUAUGUCAAUAUUUCCGCACACACACACACACACACACACACACACCCACACACACCCACACACACACACACACACACACACUGAUCAAGUAGGUGACAGUUGUUGUUCUGGGUACCGACCUUGUGGCAUGUCUUAUGAAAUUGGAAUGCAAUAUUAUACUUUAUAAAAAUGCAAUCUACCUAGAUGAUCCUAUACUGUGUGGUGUCUAGGGGGUUGGGUAAAACAUAAGAGAUUAAGAUGAUGAUGAUGAUGAUUAUUAUUAUUAUAAUAAAAAUAUAAAAAUACCUUUUCCCUUUCAGGCUCAUUCCAGAAUCUCCUCGCUGGUUGUUGUCACAAAGAAGAACCAAAGAGGCUAUGAGGAUCGCUGAAAACAUUGCCAAGUGUAAUAAGAGAACUGUCCCUGAGAAUUUCGAAGAGGUUGCCUACUUUUGCUUUCCGAAACAUCUUGUUGUGCUUCAUAGAGCUCUCUUCAGAGUAGUGUAAACUGCUAUCUACAGUAGAUGGAAGAUGGGAGGCUGAUACUAUAGAAGUGAAAGUGCACACAUUUAGUGCAACAGUUUAUCAAUCCUAAAUAUAUUCUUCAGCAUUUUUUAAAUGUUAUUAUUAAAAAAAAGGGGGGGGGGGGGGGGGGCUGGAGGCGGUGACGUUACCCGCUAAACCAGCCUCAGCCGCAGGCACAUCACUUAUCACAUAUCAGUCUUUUUUUCAGUUUGAUCUUCUGGAGGAGAAGCAGGAGCAGGAGGCAGAGAUAAGUCAUCCGUCGUUCAUGGAUCUGUUUAGGAUGCCCAACAUGAGAAGAAACACCCUGAUCCUCAUCUACGCCUGGUAAGAGACACGCCAACUGGGCAACAAGAUAUCACGAUCUCACUUCAGUAUUUAAUGUUUGUCCAAGGCGGGGAUGAACAUCACAUUUCGAAGUUUAGGCAUUCAUUCCGACUGGUUACGGUAAGGGUUAAGGUUUGGGUUAAAACAAAAAAUUAAUAAAAACGAGUGCCUAUCACUGGGAUUGAACCCGUGAUCCUUAGAGCUGGAGCAGAGCCCAGCGGUUUAAGCCCUUCCGCUAUCCCCGUCCACAGCACCCUAGCAAGCCGUGCGCCUACUAGAUGUUAAUAGGAGCUCACGUUGCCCCCACUGGACGGUAUUUAAAGCAUCUCCCGACGUCCUGGAGACCUGGACAAACUUUGUGACCUGGCUGAACUGGGAGCUGCUUGGACAGACAGCCAAAUUAAUCUGGGGGUGUGUCCAUUAGAGCACACAGUUGCAAAGUGUUUUGCAAACAGAAAUGAGUGUUUCUUAUUUGACAAGUUUAGGUUAGUCGCUCCCUGUUUCGGCCUGUUUGCCCAUGGUGCAAUCAUCCAGUAGGAGUUACAGUUUUUGUUAUCGCUCUGGUGCAAUUUUCACAAGUAUGUGGUACAUUUUCAUAACUCAAGAACAGAUCAUCAAAAAGACAGUUGUUUCAAAACUAUAAGCACAUUUUCAAUUGACUAAGUACAAUACACAAUAUGUAUGAAUGUAUAUAUAUAUAAUAUAAUUAUUGUAAAAUUAUCUGUGUCCAUAAGGUGUAGAUAGUAAGUAUAGACCGGAAGUAGAGGCCUGGGCAUUAUUGUUCACUAAUUUACUCCAAGUAGGGAAAGGAUGGCGGGGUUGAAAAGUAAUAAAGGGGAGUAUAUAUAUAAAAAAAACAUGGAGGAUUGGAAGAGAUGCAGACAAUUACAUUGAUAGAAUAUACAAUCUAGCUGCAAUAUUAAGCUGAUCCAUCCCCCUAAAAAAAAAAAAAAGACAAAAAAAAAAAAGUACAAUACACAAACUCAUACAGUCACUUUUUCACCAAACUUCACCACACUGCUUUAAUAAAAUGUAAUUGGCCAAUUCAGUACUGUAAUACAGUAAUAUAUGCCAUUUACGUAGAAGACGUUUUUAUCCAAAGAGACAACAUUCCACCCAUUUUGGUAUGUGACCCCAGUGGGAAUCGAACCCACAACUCUGGUGUUGCUAGUGCCAUGCUCUUACUAACUGAGCCACACAGGACCACUACAAUACAUAAAUACAAUACAAUACUGUAAAAUACAAUACACGAUUACAAUACAGGUGGAAGAUGUAUGAUUGCCAUCCCCAGGAGCAUACCACCCUCCUUCAGGCCAUGGAUGAGGCAUGCAAUAACAUCAAUCCAGAGCUACAGGAUGUCAGACUUGGAUUUGCCAUGCCAAAAGGUUUUCCCCCAGGUGUGUGAACAAUUAAGAUAUUUACUGUGAUUUCGAUGAGAUCCUAUGGCCAAAUGCUCAAGACAGACUUGAUGCAAACUAAUGCCUUGCUAAACAUGAUGUUUCUUUCAUUUCUUUAAUUUUAUUACAUUGUGAAAGAUGUCUUGAGUGAUCACACAUGGGAUAGAAAUUAUGGACAUUUGAUGUUCAGUCGAUUGCAAUGGGUAGUGCAAGUGUAAUGUGAAAACAUUGUUAUGUACUGUAAUUUACAGUACUGUAGCAUACUACAUUCAAAGAGACAUUUUGAAACAUGUAUCUUACAUUUUUUGCUAUUGGAUUGAUUGAGAAUACCUAAUUGUAUUGUGUUUUGGUGAUUAAACCAAUGCAUUCAUUAUACAGUGCCUUCGGAAAGUAUUCAGACCCCUUGACUUUUUUCAAAUUUUGUUACGUUACAGCUUUAUUCUAAAAUUGAUUAAAUUGUUUUUUUCCCUCAUCAAUCUACACACAAUACCCCAUAAUGACAAAGUAAAAAAAAGGUUUUAGACAUUUUUGCUUAUAAAAAAUGAAAUACAUUGAAAUAUGACAUUUACACAAGUAUUCAGACCCUUUACUCAGUACUUUGUUGAAGCACCGUUGGCAGCGAUUACGGCAUCGAGUCUUCUUGGGUAUGACGCUACAAGCUUUGCACACCUGUAUUUGGGGAGUUUCUCCCAUUCUUCUCUGCAGAUCCUCUCAAGCUCUGUCAGGUUGGAUGGGGAGUGUUGCUGCACAGCUAUUUUCAGGUCUCUCCAGAGAUGUUCGAUCGGGUUCAAGUCUGGGCACUGGCUGGCCCACUCAAGGACAUUCAGAGACUUGUCCCGAAGCCACUCCUGCGUUGUCUUGGUUGUGUGCUUAGGGUCGUUGUCCUGUUGGAAGGUGAACCUUCGCCCCAGUCUGAGGUCCUGAGUGCUCGGGAGCAGGUUUUCAUCAAGGAUCUCUCUAUACUUUGCUCAGGUUAAUCUUUCCCUCGAUCCUGACCAGUCUCCCAGUCACCUCCCUAACCAAGGCCCUUCUCCCCAGAUUGCUCAGUUGGCCGGGCGGCCAGCUCUAGGAAGAGUCUUGGUGGUUCCAAACUUCUUCCAUUUAAGAAUGAUGGAGGCCACUGUGUUCUUGGGGACCUUCAAUGCUGCAGACAUUUUUUGGUACCCUUCCCCAGGUCUGUGCCUCGACAUAAUCCUGUCUCUGAGCUCUACGGACAAUUCCUUCGACCUCAUGGCUUGGUUUUUGCUCGGAUAUGCACUGUCAACUGUGGGACCUUAUAUAGACAGGUGUGUGCCUUUCCAAAUCAUGUCCCAGUCAAUUGAAUUGACCACAGGUGUGACUCCAUCAAUUUUAGAACAUCUCAAGGAUGAUAUGGAAACAUGAUGCACUGAGCUCAUUUCGAGCGAAGGUCUGAUACUUAAUGUAAAUAAUUUUUAUUUUUUUAUUUUUUAUAUAUUUUGCAAACAUUUCAAAAACCUUUUCGCUUUGUCGAUUUAUGGGGUAUUGUGUGGAAUUGCUGAGGAUUUUUAAAUUUAUUUAAUACUUUAGAAUAAGCGUAACCUAACAACAUGUGGAAAAACGUCAAGGUGUCUGAGUACUUUCUGAACGCCCUGUAUGUCACAGUAAACGUAUAUUUUGGGUCAAUGGUGGUGUGGUGAUGUCUAGAAACAAAUUAAUGCACAAUGAAGGUUUUGAAUGUAAGACUGGAUGUAAGACUGGAUGUAAGACUGGAUGUAAGACUGGCUUCAUAAAAGUGUUACCAGUUUGGAGUUUUGUACUAAGAGUUUAGAAAAUUCACUACACACUUGUGAAAAUAGUACAAAAGCGAUAAAAAAAAAAGUUACUGCCAUGGCUGGAGCCAGACACAUUUGAAAUGUUAUUGAUGUUUACUGUUCCACUCAAAUGAAAGAGUAGGCUACAUAAAUAUACAGUUUGCAACACAUCAUGCCGUACUCACCUGGAGAAAAAUAUUUUACUGCAUUUAAUUGAACAAAUGCCACACAUCCUCAUCAUCACCAUGGCAAUGAAAUUAUGUUGUGCCUUUUGCCACAGAUUUUGAGCCAGGUGAGUGCCGCAUGCUGUUCUGUGACGCCCGUUAAAAAAUACUUCAUCUGUACAUGAAAUCCUCAGAUCAAUCGAUCCAAAACUUCACCCUGUCUCUGUCAUGGGCAACAUUCCACAUUAACUGCUCCCUGCUGCUCUUCCCAAGGUUCACAAGCGCAGUUGUUUUCCAAGGGCUGGUUCUCCGCCUGGGUAUCACUGGAGACAAUAUCUUCCGCGAUUUCUUCAUCUCUGCAGCCGUGGAGCUGCCCACCGGCCUCAUCUUCUACCUGUUGGUGGACAGGGUGGGACGGAGACCUCUCAUGGCUGUGUCUAACUUCAUAGGAGGAGUCGCCUGCCUCAUAGUGCCCUUCGUCUCAGUAGGUCAGUAGGUAUUUUAAUGUAUUAUAGAGUAUAGAGACUUGUCCACUUUCUAAAUUAUUAUGUUAUUCAGGUCAGAAUGCAGAUGUAAUUGUAGUGGGGAGAAAGUGAGAAAGUGUUUGGGGUGGGAUUCGAUCCCAUGUUGCUCCUGGUGGUGGCAUUUCAAGCUGAAGAAGGAGGUUAGCCAAUUAAAACUCAGUUACACAACUCUGAUGAUAACUGACAUGUGAAAGCUCAGAAUGAAAAUAAUGGAUUCUGAGAAUAUUUUUUCUCCUCCUUUUAUGGGUUUUUAUUUUCCUCCCUUUCUUCCUGAUCCUUUACUUUAGUUAGGAGAUUAUCUGUUGUAAUCCCAUCCUGAAUUUUUUUGAGGGGUUGACCAUUCUGCUUAAUUUGGCCGUUAAAAUAUGAUGCAUAGUUUAAUAUAUUCAACCUCUUUUCCUCUCCCUAUAGACUAUCUGUGGCUAAAGAAAGCCAUAGCGAUCAUUGGGAGGCUUUCUGUCACCAUUGGAUUCGAGACUGUCAAUUUUGCCAACUCUGAGCUGUAUCCAACACCUCUCAGGUGAGAGUGGAACCAAAUAAUAACAUCAAACUCAAAUCAUUAAUGCUGCUCAAUCCUAACGUUUUCACAACCUGGAUUACAUACUGGUAGUCAGUUUAGUACUCGAGACCCGUCUCGGUCUUGAGUCCGGUCUCGUGACCACCUAUCGAGUGUCUUGGUCUUGUCUCAGUCUCGGGCAGUGAGGACUCGUAAUUUCUUUACGAGACCAGCCGAGACCAGCGGAGUAAAAAACUCAUAACUAUCCGUUUCCUUUCAGUUAGUGCAUAAAACCGGUUCGCCAGUCCAAAUAUAUACACACCUUUCUUGAAACAUGAAUAUCUUAACAGCUUUAUCUAUUAUAGACAUACUUGCGAAGUGGCGAACCUAUAGGCCUUCAGUAUGUGACAGGUCCGUGAUUCUGAAAGGACAGUUACGGUAAUACCAGCGCACUCAUGUAGGAGAGUGCACUUUUUGUAAAACACAAAGGGCCAGUGGUGUAGUGGAGGGUAUAACAGGUAUAAACCGUAAACCCACUUUUUUCCCAGUGGGCAUUGCGUAUACUCACUUCUUAAUCCCUACUGAUGUGUAUCAAAGUAGUGUAGUAGAGGUAUACGACUCAUCAGUUAUGUAGUACAAUAGAGAAGUAAUGCACAAAGUAGCCUACACAAUCGCAAAGCACGUUAAAUAUAUUCACAUGCGCGCCGCACACAGCACACAGCCUAGUUUCAGCAGAAUAUCAUCUGCAGGCAGCAAGAGUGUGCAGCUCUCAACUGGUUUUGGCAUGGAAUGACAUCUGUAGCCGGUAGGGUAGGAAAGACGUUUCACCUUAUGAUAUCUACCAGUAAAUGCUAAUAACUAAGGCAACAAUGGGUGUGCAAACCAGGCAUUGAAAAAAUGUAGUCCAAAGUGUUGAUUAGUAGGCUAUUUGUGACACGCAGUUGUCAUCAUGUGCUGUUUGCAUCAGGGGCGUAGAAAACUCAUUAAAAAAUGGGAAAACAUAGUAUCUUUCACACAGGGUGCCUUUCCUUCGCUGGGCGGGCCGUUUGGGAACUUUUUUGGCAAAAUUAUAGUAUACCCACUUCUCCAAGCACCGCUACACCACUGAAUAGGGCCGAUGGAAAGACAGCAGUCACAUACAGCAUGAUGUUAAAGGAUAAGCAGUCACACACAGCAUGAUGUUAAAGGAUAAGCAGUCACACACAGCAUGAUGUUAAAGGAUAAGCAGUCACACACAGCAUGAUGUUAAAGGAUAAGCAGUCACACAGCAUGAUGUUAAAGGAUAAGCAGUCACACACAGCAUGAUGUUAAAGGAUAAGCAGUCACACACAGCAUGAUGUUAAAGGAUAAGCAGUCACACAGCAUGAUGUUAAAGGAUAAGCAGUCACACACAGCAUGAUGUUAAAGGAUAAGCAGUCACACAGCAGGAUGUUAAAGGUUAAGCAGUCACACACAGCAUGAUGUUAAAGGAUAAGCAGUCACACAGCAUGAUGUUAAAGGAUAAACAGUCACACAGCAGGAUGUUAAAGGAUAAGCAGUCACACAGCAUGAUGUUAAAGGAUAAGCAGUCACACACAGCAUGAUGUUAAAGGAUAAGCAGUCACACAGCAUGAUGUUAAAGGAUAAGCAGUCACACAGCAGGAUGUUAAAGGAUAAGCAGUCACAUACAGCAUGAUGUUAAAGGAUAAGCAGACACACAGCAUGAUGUUAAAGGAUAAGCAGUCACACAGCAUGAUGUUAAAGGAUAAGCAGACACACAGCAUGAUGUUAAAAGAUAAGCAGUCACACAGCAUGAUGUUAAAGGAUAAGCAGUCACACAGCAUGAUGUUAAAGGAUAAGCAGUCACACAGCAUGAUGUUAAAGGAUAAGCAGUCACACAGCAUGAUGUUAAAGGAUAAGCAGUCACACAGCAUGAUGUCAAAGGAUAAGCAGUCACACACAGCAUGAUGUUAAAGGAUAAGCAGUCACACAGCAUGAUGUUAAAGGAUAAGCAGUCACACAGCAGGAUGUUAAAGGAUAAGCAGUCCACACAGCAUGAUGUUAAAGGAUAAGCAGUCACACAGCAUGAUGUUAAGGAUAAGCAGUCACACAACAUGAUGUUAAAGGAUAAGCAGUCACACAGCAGGAUGUUAAAGGAUAAGCAGUCACACAGCAGGAUGUUAAAGGAUAAGCAGUCACACAGCAGGAUGUUAAAGGAUAAACAGUCACACAGCAGGAUGUUAAAGGAUAAGCAGUCACACAGCAGGAUGUUAAAGGAUAAGCAGUCACACAGCAGGAUGUUAAAGGAUAAGCAGUCACACAGCAUGAUGUUAAAGGAUAAGCAGUCACACAACAUGAUGUUAAAGGAUAAGCAGUCACACAACAUGAUGUUAAAGGAUAAGCAGUCACACAGCAUGAUGUUAAAGGAUAAGCAGUCACACAGCAGGAUGUUAAAGGAUAAGCAGUCACACAGCAGGAUGUUAAAGGAAAGCAGUCACAUACAGCAUGAUGUUAAGGAUAAGCAGACACAGCAUGAUGUUAAAGGAUAAGCAGUCACACAGCAUGAUGUUAAAGGAUAAGCAGACACACAGCAUGAUGUUAAAAGAUAAGCAGUCACACAGCAUGAUGUUAAAGGAUAAGCAGUCACACAGCAUGAUGUUAAAGGAUAAGCAGUCACACAGCAUGAUGUUAAAGGAUAAGCAGUCACACAGCAUGAUGUUAAAGGAUAAGCAGUCACACAGCAUGAUGUCAAAGGAUAAGCAGUCACACACAGCAUGAUGUUAAAGGAUAAGCAGUCACACAGCAUGAUGUUAAAGGAUAAGCAGUCACACAGCAGGAUGUUAAAGGAUAAGCAGUCACACAGCAUGAUGUUAAAGGAUAAGCAGUCACACAGCAUGAUGUUAAAGGAUAAGCAGUCACACAACAUGAUGUUAAAGGAUAAGCAGUCACACAGCAGGAUGUUAAAGGAUAAGCAGUCACACAGCAGGAUGUUAAAGGAUAAGCAGUCACACAGCAGGAUGUUAAAGGAUUUAAAGGCAGGUCACACAGAGGAUUGUUUAAAGGAUAAGCAGCACACAGCAGGAUGUUAAAGGAUAAGCAGUCACACAGCAUGAUGUUAAAGGAUAAGCAGUCACACAGCAUGAUGUUAAAGGAUAAGCAGUCACACAACAUGAUGUUUAAAGGAUAAGCAGUCACACAAGCAUGAUGUUAAAGGAUAAGCAGUCACACAGCAGGAUGUUAAAGGAUAAGCAGUCACACAGCAUGAUGUUAAAGGAUAAGCAGUCCACACAGCAUGAUGUUAAAGGAUAAGCAGUCACACGCAUGAUGUUAAAGGAUAAGCAGUCACACAGCAAUGAUGUUAAAGGAUAAGCAGUCACACACAGCAUGAGUUAAAGGAUAAGCAGUCACACAGCAUGAUGUUAAAUGAUAAGCAGUCACACAGCAUGAUGUUAAAGGAUAAGCAGUCACACAGCAUGAUGUUAAAGGAUAAGCAGUCCAUAAACUCAGACAUAAUAAGUCAGUAGGUCCCAAUCAUAAGAAUACAAAAACACAACCAUUAAGCAUUUCCCAAUCGAAAUGUACUACUAUUACUUCCCAUUGCAAAAAACAUUUCACGUUUAGCACACAAAGUGACCGGUGACCUAAAGUUUGAAGUGGAACUGACAGCGUUUUAAAUACUUUGCAGAUAUGAAACAAACAGACAAUCAUAAUAUCAGUCAAAAAUAUCAAAUUCCCAAUUUAUGCCACAAAACCAACUUUAUAAGAGGUUUUAAAAAUAGGUUAUAUUUGACUCAACGUUCCAUGACGUACACGAAGGCAUUGUUGGCAGAAUAGAUGGAUGCAGUUCAAUGCAUGAUUAAUAUAAUUCACCAAUACAAAAUAAUAUAUUGUUAUCAGGUUGUAUAUCACAGCUCGAACCCCUUGUCCCCCUCCGGUCUCGGUCUUGACUCAGUCACGCCCCCCCCACCCCUCCGGUCUUGGUCUUGACUCGGUCUCGCUUUAGGUGGUCUCGAACACAACACUGCUGGUAGUACUAUAUGCAGUAACAUGCAAUAAUACACAUUGGAAUAUGUGUAAACACUACUGUACGAUCAAAUGUUUGAAAAUAAUAAUGAAAUCAUUUUGAUAUGAUGUAGUGUACUGUAUAUCAAGACUAAUAUCGCUUGUAUUUGACAGAAACCUGGGCGUGUCUGUGUGCUCAUCAGCCAGUGACAUAGGAGCUAUAGCUGCCCCUUUCUUGCUCUACAGACUGGCCAGUAUCUGGCAGGAACUGCCCCUCUUCCUCUAUGGUAUUUCACAAUUGGAUUUUUAAUUUGGAUUUUUAGUUGUAUUUUUAUUUUUGCAUUUAUUUUGUAUUUUUGUGCCUUUUCCUUUGCAAAGAUGAUUAAAUUUUUUGGGUUGCACCUCCACUCACGUUGGUUGCCCUCCUCUUCUUUGUGUAUUUUGUAUUUUAGAAAUAAGUGCAGAUGAAUUGAUGAAGAAAAUAUUAAGUAUUAAACACUCACAUUGACAUCAAAUGAUUGAUCUUACUGUGAUAUACAGCUCAUUUCUGCGUCUCAGAAUUGUCAGCUCUACUGCUUGAUAAUAUUGUACCAUGUGUAUCUGUAGGUGUCAUGUCAAUGUUGUACAGUGGACUGGUCAUGCUAUUACCGGAGAUGAGAGGCAUCGAUUUCCCUGAGACCAUAGAAGACGUGGAGAACUUAAAUGGGUAUGUUUGUGUUUAUGUUUGUGUUUAUGUUUGUUUGUGUUUGUUUAUGUUUAUGUUUGUGUUGAUGUUUGUGUAUUUGUUUAGGUUUAUGUUUGUGUUUGUGUUUAUUGUUGUGUUUGUGUUUGUGUUUGUGUUUGUGUUUGUGUUUGUGUUUAUGUUUGUGUUUGUGUUUGUGUUUGUUUUUCUGUUUCUGUUUGUGUUGAUAUUAAUUAGCAUUAGCCCCUUAUUAUGCCCUCUUUGUGUUACCAGGAGGAGAUACAGAUAAGCCUCAAAAGGAAAAGACGGCAACAGAAAUAA